AUGAAAUCGUUCGCAUGGCAUUUUUAUACGGACCUACACAAAGCAGAUCAUGUAGAGCCUGGUGACGUUGAGGCAUAUUUGGAUGCAGUGACAUUUGAGAAAGCGCUGACCGCGGAUGAGCAGCAAUCUUUGAUUGAUCCUAUUACUCUGGAUGAGCUGUUGCAGAAGGCAUAUCGUUCAAUUAAGGCUACAGCUCCUGGUAGUGAUGGUCUGGCCUAUCCUUUUUUAUCGCUCCUAUUUCAAAUGACUCGUUUGAAAGAGCUUGUCUUACGGCUGUACAAUGACGCUCUCAAGGGUAUCUUUCCUUCUUCCUGGCAUGAUCUGCGUAUGCGUCUACUACCGAAGAAGGGCCUGCUUACGUUGCUCAAAAAUUGGCGUCCAAUCUGUCUCCUGGGAUGUGAUGGCAAGGUCUUUACCAGACCUCUUGCUCAUCGCAUGGCUCCAAUUAUUCUUGGGCGGAUCAUUAACCCGUUCCAAUCUGGUUUCCUGCAACAAAGGUUUAUCUGUGGCAAUGGCUUAGCGUUAUCGAUGGUCUUGGAAGAGGCUCGGGCCAUCCACCACAAGGGUGCUGAUAUCCUACUUGAUAAGGAGAAAGCUUAUGAUCGGGUGAAUACUAACUAUCUCUGUGUUGUUCUUCGUCGUCUUGGGUUUCCCGCCAGCUUGGUGUCAUGUGUUAAAUCAUUGUUCUUUGGAAAUAACAUGUACAUCAAUGUCAAUGGGUACUUCACCUCAGCCGUCAAACAGGAACGGGGUAUCCAACAAGGCAAUCCUUUGUCCCCUCUUCUUUUCGAUGUUGCACUGGAGCCUUUCCUGUUAUCCAUCCUUCAAGACACUUGUUUCCAUGGCUUUAAGGCGAGCAAUGGUGCAUCUGCGGAUAUAGUCUCUUCUCCUGACCCACCAGCUGUCAAAUGCCUCGCGUACGCUGAUGAUGUCUGUGUUCUUCUACGAGACGAACUCAACCUGUAUCGCCUCCAACAACACAUGGCCAAAUAUGCAGCAGUAUCCAAUGCCAAGUUCAAUGAAGACAAAUCGGAAGCCUUUUCUCUGUCUGGUAGUCGGUCUCCGGCGUGGGAGCAUGUCUUUGAAGAAAUCAAUAUUCACACAUACUACCAUCAAGGCACUGUGGCGGCCUUUCAAUAUCUUGGUCUAUACUUUGCGUAUAAUCAUGCUCAACGGGCUCAAACGGAAAAAAUGCUUCUCAAUUCUGUCAAGAACUAA